AUGAUCCCGGAAUUUCAAUGCGUUUUCCUCUGCGUCCUUCUCGCCGAAUUGCUUCGUUUUGAAGCUUCGGAUAUCUUGGAAGGAUUGAAAGCAGCAGAUCGAUCAAACGAUAUCAGCUGCAAUUCUCAGCUCUUUCGAGGACCGAGCAUAUUCCCUCUCAUCAGCAUCCUCAAAUCGCCGGUCUCGUCGACACCGAUUGCACGAGAAUGGGAGAUUCUCGAGAAUCAUCGAGAGAAUUACAUGAAAUUGGGAGAACUGGUCGACGAAUUAUCCUACGUCUUCAGUCCGACACUCUUGCUGAGUUUCGUGAACAGCGUCGUGAAGACGACGGUGACGGUGUACAUGGCGUCGGUGAACUUCUCGUAUGGCUCUCGGCAGUGGUUGAUCAUCGCGACUGCGGCUGGGGAAGUCUCCGGGAGCCUCGUUCGACUCUUCCUCAUCACUAUUGCUGCUUCAUAUAUAUCCCAUCAGGAAGGAGAGUUCAUAAAACACUUGAACGAAGUGACGGGAUUCACCUCAUCUUCUCAAGUUGCACAGAAGGCGAAGCUUUUAUACCUACAGAUCCAAUCCAAACCGAUUCGGCUAACAGCGACUGAUUUCUUCGACGUGAAUAGGAGUCUCGCAGUCUCGGUGAUGGGUACGAUCGUGACUUACUUGGUGGUGCUGCUGCAGUUUCGCUUGGAGGGUCUGGGCUCAGGCGACGAAAACACAACAAAAACAUGA